CGGCAAAAGGCCCAAAUGCCAAAAAUUAAAAAAACGGCACAAUUUACUCAAUCAACAUGCCACGUAUACUGCUGGUGCUGGUGCUGGCGCUUGGUUGCGCAGCUUCCGUGGCGGCUGAAGCGUUAUCGGCGCAAGAUUCACUCGCGCUGGAUCUAGUGGAGCAUAGUCACCUUGGCCACGAGCUUGAGAGCGACGGUGUUGUGGUGCGCUGUCGCUCGUGCGGUGCUCCUGUCGCGUUGAAGAAGUGCGCACUCUCCCUCCGCAUCGCUCUGGUGCUCUAUUUGCUGAUUCUGACUCAUUUCUGCUGGUUAUAUAGGGACUUCAUCGACCUGCACGACACUUCCAAAUCCGUGGGUAGUCGCCACGAGGCUGUACUUGGAAAUGAUGCUGAACUCUUCACCUUCGUGAACCCCAGCAGGGCUGAAUUCGAGCUAGCGGGCUUCAAGAAGGUGCUGGGACUGGAAGGCGAGGUCUUCUCCAAGAAGGCGACAUUCUUCGACGACUACAUUUGGCGAGAUGUUCGUUGUAAUAGCUGCAAGAGACACAUCGGGUGGGCGUUCUACCACGACGAGUUACAACAGUGUAUCAACACACAAUUGGUGGAGUCCAUCACAGCCAAAAGAGCCAAGGAAAAACUGCUGGCCUCCACUGCGGAGAUGGAACGGAAGGCUGAGAUCGUGAGGAAAGAGCUGGAAGGCCGCUGUCUUUUCGCUGCUGCUGGCUGGUGGACCUACGAGGUCUGCUACGAGAAAGAAGUCCGCCAAUUCCACCAAGAACCCGACCGAUCUCGUCCGAGCGACUGGAGCAUGGGCGUCUACGUACCUGAUACCCAGGACACAGACACUGGGUAUGCCAGCACGGAUGUAGUACAGUACUAUGCCGGCGGCCAACACUGCGAUGAGAAUGGCGAACUACGCAGCACUAAAGUGGUGUACACGUGCUGCAAAUCCCGACCUAAAGAGCUGUCGGUGGAGAAGGUUGAUGAGCCUGCACUGUGCACAUACCUGAUCACUGUGUGCGUUCCGAGCUUGUGCGAAACAGAACAGGACGAAGAGCAGGACUUUGUCGAAAAUCAGCAGAUUGUGGAGUCGUGCAAGGAAGAAUUUGAUUCUGCACACACAGAUGCGCCGUUACCGUCGACGUUUGCCACCUUGCGCUGGUCUUCCGUGAUAUCGGAAGAUAGCAGCGAGCUCGACUGGGCUCGACGGAUGCAGUUUGCGAACUGAAGAUGAUUUUGUCGGUUGUUGUUGACCAUCAAUGACAUUUUACUUAUGCUUGUUAGAUCAUAACUGUGACUACAGCCCAGUGUACUUGUUUGAUGAGUGUCAUUUGUGGGGGCUGCGUAGGGCUAAGGAAGUUCUCUUUGACACUGACUCGUGAGUUUUAUAUUAGGAAGCGUGGGUCUACAAGUGUACUUCUCGCA